GAGGCUGCGGUGCCAUGUAUGAGAUUCACAUCGAGUCGGAGGAGUUCAGGGAGAAGCGAACGGUGCAGCAGCACCAGAUGGUGAACGAGGCACUAAGUGAGGAGAUCAAGAGCAUGCAUGGACUGCGCAUCUUCACUUCCACCCCCAAACCUUGA